CACGCCUCUCCCGCGCAGACACGCGCCCCCGCCUCUGGUCGGCACAAAGACAGCGCAGCUGGGGGACGCCGGGGACGCCGGGGACCCCGCUCCUGCUCACCUCCGGGAACUUCUUCCACGGAGCUGGGCCACUCAAGGGUGUCAGCCUCUCCCACUCCAGAAAGAAAAUAAUUCUUUCAAGAAGAUUACGGACGACUGAUUUGGAUUCUGCUCUGUGCUUCUAAACCCCCAAUUCUGCUGAGAGUGAGACACCCAAGGACUCUAGAACCCCAGAAACACCCAGCAAAACCCUCCUCCACCAUGGGGGCCAUGACUCUGUUGUUGGCGUGCAUCCUCCUGGCUUUGGUUGCACUCCCUACCGAAGGAGGUGUCCUCAAAAAAGUCAUCCGGCACAAGCGACAGAGUGGGGUCAACCUCACCCUCCCAGAGGAGAAUCAGCCCGUGGUGUUUAACCACGUCUACAACAUCAAGCUGCCUAUGGGAUCCCAGUGUUCAGUGGAUCUGGAAUCAGCUAAUGGGGAGAAAGACCUGGCUGCACCGUCGGAGCCCAGUGAAAGCUUCCAGGAGCACACAGUGGAUGGGGAAAACCAGAUCAUCUUUACACACCGCAUCAACAUCCCCCGCCGGGCCUGCGGCUGUGCUGCUGCUCCUGAUGUCAAGGAACUCCUGAGCAGGCUGGAGGAGCUGGAGAGCCUUGUGUCUUCCCUGCGGGAGCAAUGUACCCUGGGAGCAGGCUGCUGUCUCCAGUCUGCUGAAGGCCGCCUGGACACCAGGCCCUUCUGCAGCGGCCGGGGCAACUUCAGCACUGAAGGAUGCGGCUGUGUUUGUGAACCUGGCUGGAAAGGCCCCAACUGCUCUGAGCCUGAAUGUCCAAGCAACUGUCACCUUCGAGGCCAGUGCCUUGAUGGGCAGUGUGUCUGCAAUGAGGGCUUCACCGGCGAGGACUGCAGCCAGCUGGCCUGUCCCGGCGACUGCAAUGACCAAGGCAAGUGCGUGAAUGGGGUCUGCGUGUGUUUCGAAGGCUACUCCGGGGCUGACUGCAGCCAAGAGAUCUGCCCCGUGCCCUGCAGCAAGGAGCACGGCACUUGUGUGGAUGGCCAGUGUGUGUGCCAGGAUGGCUUCGCCGGCGACGACUGCAAUGAGCCCCUGUGCCUCAACAAUUGCCACAACCGUGGGCGGUGCGUGGAGAAUGAGUGUGUGUGCAAUGAGGGCUUCACAGGCGAGGACUGCAGUGAGCUCAUCUGCCCCAAUGACUGUUUCGACCGGGGCCGCUGUGUCAAUGGCACCUGCCACUGUGAGGAAGGCUUCACGGGCGAGGACUGUGGCAAACUCGUCUGCCCCAACGCCUGCCACGGCCAGGGCCGGUGUGAGGAGGGACAGUGCGUGUGCGACGAGGGCUUCGCUGGCAUGGAUUGCAGUGAGAAGAGGUGUCCCGCCGACUGUCACAACCAUGGCCGCUGCGUCAAUGGGCAGUGUGAGUGUGACAAUGGUUUUACAGGAGCUGACUGUGGACAGCUCAAAUGUCCCAACGACUGCAGCGGCCAGGGCCACUGUGUCAAUGGGCAGUGUGUGUGUGAUGAGGGCUACACUGGGGAGGACUGCAGCCAGCUUCGGUGCCCCAGUGACUGUCACAGCCGGGGCCGCUGUGUCCAAGGCAAGUGUGUGUGCGAGCAAGGCUUCAAAGGCUAUGACUGCAGUGAAAUGAGCUGCCCCAAUGACUGUAACCAGCACGGCCGCUGCGUGAAUGGCAUGUGCAUCUGUGAUGAUAACUACACUGGGGAAGAUUGCCGGGAUCUCCGAUGCCCCAAGGACUGCAGCCACCGGGGCCGCUGCGUGGACGGGCAGUGCGUGUGCGAGGACAGCUUCACUGGCCCCGACUGUGCAGAACUCUCCUGUCCCAGUGACUGCCACGGCCAGGGGCGCUGUGUGAACGGGCAAUGUGUGUGCCAUGAGGGCUUCAUGGGCAAAGACUGCAAAGAGCGAAGGUGUCCCGAUGACUGCCAUGGCCGGGGCCGCUGCGAGGAUGGCCAGUGCAUCUGCCAUGAGGGCUUCACAGGCCCAGACUGCGGGCAGCGCUCCUGCCCCAAUGACUGCAGUCACUGGGGACAGUGCGUCUCGGGCCGCUGCAUCUGUAACGAGGGCCAUGCUGGGGAAGACUGCUCGGAGGUGUCCCCUCCCAAAGACCUCAUUGUGACGGAAGUGACGGAAGAGACCGUAAACCUGGCCUGGGACAAUGAAAUGCGGGUCACAGAGUACCUUAUCGUGUACACGCCCACCCAUGCAGAUGGCCUGGAAAUGCAGUUCCGCGUGCCAGGGGAUCAGACGUCCACCACCAUCAGGGAGCUGGAGCCUGGCGUGGAGUACUUUAUCCGCGUGUUUGCCAUCCUGGAGAACAAGAGGAGCGUUCCCGUCAGCGCCCGGGUGGCCACGUACUUGCCUGCACCUGAAGGCCUAAAAUUCAAGUCCAUCAAGGAAACAUCUGUGGAAGUGGAGUGGGAUCCUCUAGACAUUGCUUUUGAAACGUGGGAGAUUAUCUUCCGGAACAUGAAUAAAGAAGAUGAGGGAGAGAUCACCAAAAGCCUGAGGAGGCCAGAGACCUCUUAUCGGCAAACUGGUCUAGCUCCCGGGCAAGAGUAUGAGAUAUCUCUGCACAUCGUGAAAAACAAUACCCGAGGACCUGGCCUGAAGAGAGUGACCACCACCCGCUUGGAUGCCCCAAGUCAGAUCGAGGUGAAAGAUGUCACAGAUACUACUGCUUUGAUCACCUGGUCCAAGCCCCUGGCUGAGAUCGAUGGCAUUGAGCUGUCCUAUGGCAUCAAAGAUGUGCCGGGUGACCGCACCACCAUCGAUCUCACACACGAUGAGAACCAGUACUCCAUCGGGAACCUGAAGCCAGACACCGAGUACGAGGUGUCCCUCAUCUCCCGUAGGGGCGACAUGUCAAGCAACCCAGCCAAAGAAACCUUCACUACAGGCCUUGAUGCUCCCAGGAAUCUCCGCCGUGUCUCCCAGACAGACAACAGCAUCACCCUGGAAUGGAGGAAUGGCAAGGCAGCCAUUGACAAUUACAGAAUUAAGUAUGCACCCAUCUCUGGAGGUGACCAUGCUGAGGUCAAUGUCCCAAGGAGCCAACAAACCACAACCAAAACCACACUCACAGGUCUGAGGCCAGGAACUGAGUAUGGAAUUGGAGUUUCUGCUGUGAAGGAGGACAGGGAGAGUGAUCCAGCGACCAUCAAUGCGGCCACAGACUUGGACGCACCCAAGGACCUUCGGGUUUCUGAAACUACAGAGACCAGCUUGACCCUGCUCUGGAGGACACCAUCAGCCAAGUUUGACCGUUACCGCCUCAACUACAGCCUCCCCACGGGCCAUUCGGUGGGGUUGCAGCUUCCAAAAAACACCACCUCCUAUGUCCUGAGAGGCCUGGAACCAGGACGGGAAUACACCAUGCUCCUAACAGCCGAGAAGGGCAGGCACAAGAGCAAGCCCGCACGUGCGAAGUCAUCCACCGAACAAGCCCCUGAACUGGAAAACCUCACCGUGACUGAGGUUGGCUGGGAAGGCCUCAAAAUCCACUGGACCGCAGCUGACCAGGCCUACGAGCACUUUGUCAUUCAGGUGCAGGAAGCCAACAAGGUGGAGGCAGCUCAGAACCUCACAGUGUCCGGCAGCCUCCGGGCCAUGGACAUCCCAGGUCUCAAGGCUGCCACCCCUUAUACAGUCUCCAUCUAUGGGGUGAUCCAGGGCUAUAGGACACCAGUGCUCACUGCUGAGGCCUCCACAGGGGAAACUCCCAGUUUAGGAGAGGUCACGGUGGCCGAGGUGGGCUGGGAUGCCCUCAAGCUCAACUGGACUGCUCCGGAAGGGGCCUAUGAACACUUUUUCAUUCAGGUGCAGGAGGCUGAUACGGUAGAGGCAGCCCAGAACCUCACGGUCCCAGGAGGACUGAGGUCCGUGGACCUGCCUGGGCUCAAAGCAGCCACUCGUUAUAACGUCACCAUCCGUGGGGUGACUCGGGACUUCAGCACAACCCCUCUCUCUGUUGAAGUCUUGACAGAAGAGGUUCCAGAUCUGGGAAACCUCACAGUAACUGAGGUUACCUGGGAUGCCCUCAAACUGGACUGGACCACACCAGAUGGGACCUAUGAGCAGUUUAUCAUUCAGGUCCAGGAGGCUAACCAGGCGGAAGAGGCUCACAAUCUCACAGUUCCUGGCAGCCUGCGCUCCGUGGAAAUCCCAGGCCUCAGGGCCGGCAUUCCUUAUACAAUCACCCUGCAUGGCGAGGUCAGGGGCCACAGCACUCGACCCCUCGUUGCAGAGGUCAUCACAGAGGAGCUCCCCCAGCUGGGAGACUUAGCCGUGACUGAGGUUGGCUGGGAUGGACUCAAACUCCACUGGACCGCAGCUGACCAGGCCUUCGAGCACUUUGUCAUUCAGGUGCAGGAAGCCAACAAGGUGGAGGCAGCUCAGAACCUCACAGUGUCCAGCAGCCUCCGGGCCAUGGACAUCCCGGGCCUCAAGGCUGCCACCCCUUACAGAGUCUCCAUCUAUGGGGUGAUCCAGGGCUAUAGGACACCAGUGCUCACUGCUGAGGUCUCCACAGCUGAAGAACCUGAAAUUGGAAACUUAAAUGUUUAUGACAUAACUCCUGAGAGCUUCAAUCUCUCCUGGACAGCUACCAAUGGGACCUUCGAGAUCUUUACCAUUGAAAUUAUUGAUUCCAAUAGGUUGCUGGAGACAGCAGAAUAUAAUAUCUCUGGUGCUGAACGAACUGCCCACAUCUCAGGGCUUCCCCCUAGUACUGAUUUUACUGUCUACCUCUCUGGUCUUGCUCCCAGCAUCCGAACCAAAACCAUCAGUGCCACAGCCACCACAGUAGCUGAACCUCUCCUUAGCCACCUCACUGUCUCAAAUGUGACCUGGGGCAGUGUGUCCAUCUCGUGGAAAGCUCAGGAGACUGCCUUUGAUAGCUUUCUUAUAGAAGUUAGUAAUUCUGAUCAAUCCCAGGAGAUGGUGGUGCAUUCUGUGCCUGGGGCAUCUCGCAGCUCUGUCAUCACCAACCUCAAAGCUUCUUCUAAUUACACUGUCCACCUUCAUGGGCUGAUUGGCGGACAGCAUGCUCAGACCCUGAUGGUCCAAGCAACCACAGAGCCAGAGCCACAGUGGGGCACGCUAAUCCUUAGCAAUAUUACUCCCGACAGCUUCAAUGUCUCAUGGACCACUCGAGCUGGGCUUUUUGCAAAGAUUGUUAUCAAUGUGAGCGAUGCCCACUUGCUGAAUGAGUCCCAGCAGUUCACAGUCUCAGGAGAUGCACAGCAAGCUCACAUCAAGGGCUUGGUGGAGAAUACUGGCUAUGACGUUAGUGUGGCUGGGACCACCAGGGCUGGGGACCCCACCAGACCCCUCACUGCCUUUGUCAUUACAGAGGCCCUGCCCCUUCUGGAAAACCUAACCAUUUCCGACAGUAAUCCCUACGGGUUCACAGUUUCCUGGAUGGCAUCGGAGAAUGCCUUUGACAGCUUUCUAGUAACGGUGGUGGAUUCUGGGAAGCUGCUGGACCCCCAGGAAUUCACACUUUCAGGAACCCAGAGGAAGUUGGAGCUUAGAGGCCUCAUAACAGGCAUUGGCUAUGAGGUCAUGGUCUCUGGCUUCACCCAAGGGCACCAGACCAAGCCCUUGAGGGCUGAGAUUGUGACAGAAGCUGAACCAGAAGUUGACAACCUUCUGGUUUCAGACGCCACUCCCGACGGUUUCCGUCUGUCCUGGACAGCUGAUGAAGGGGUCUUCAACAGUUUUGUUCUCAAAAUCAUAGAUGCCAAAAAGCAGUUUGAGCCACUGGAAAUAACCCUACUUGCCCCUGAACGUACCAGGGACAUAACGGGUCUCAGAGAGGCUACUGAAUAUGAAAUUGACCUCUAUGGAAUAAGCAGUGGAAGGCGAUCCCAGCCAGUCAGUGCGAUAGCAACAACAGCCAUGGGCUCGCCAAAGGAAAUCAUUUUCUCAGACAUCACUGAAAACUCAGCCACUGUCAGCUGGAUGGCACCCACUGCCCAGGUGGAGAACUUCCGGAUUACCUAUGUGCCCAUUACAGGAGGUACACCCUCCAUGGUAACUGUGGAUGGAACAAAGACUCAGACCAGGCUGGUGAAUCUCACACCUGGGGUGGAGUACCUUGUCAGCGUCAUUGCCAUGAAGGGCUUUGAGGAAAGUGAACCUGUCUCAGGGUCACUCACCACAGCUCUGGAUGGCCCAUCUGGCCUGGUGACAGCCAACAUCACUGACUCGGAAGCCCUGGCCAUGUGGCAGCCAGCCAUUGCCACCGUGGACAGUUACGUCAUCUCCUACACAGGGGAGAAAGUGCCAGAAAUUACACGCACAGUGUCCGGGAACACAAUGGAGUAUGCUCUGGCCGACCUGGAGCCUGCCACAGAAUAUACACUGAGAAUCUUUGCGGAGAAAGGGCCCCAGAAGAGCGCAACCAUCACUACCAAGUUCACAACAGACCUCGAUUCUCCAAAAGACUUGACUGCUACUGAGGUUCAGUCAGAAACAGCCCUCCUCAGCUGGCGACCCCCCCAGGCAUCAGUCACUGGUUACCUCCUGGUCUAUGAAUCUGUGGACGGUACAGUCAAGGAAGUCGUUGUGGGUCCAGAAACUACCUCCUACAGCCUAGCAGACCUGAGCCCAUCCACCCACUACACAGCCAAGAUCCAGGCACUGGAUGGGCCCCUGAGGAGCAAGCUGACCCAGACUAUCUUCACUACCACUGGACUCCUGUACCCAUUCCCCAGGGACUGCUCUCAAGCAAUGCUGAAUGGAGACACGACCUCUGGCCUCUACACCAUUUAUCUACAUGGAGAUAAGGCUCAGGGGCUGGAAGUCUUCUGUGACAUGACCUCUGAUGGGGGUGGAUGGAUCGUGUUCCUGAGACGCAAAAAUGGACACGAGGACUUCUACCGAAACUGGAAGGCCUAUGCUGCUGGAUUUGGGGACCGCAGAGAAGAAUUCUGGCUUGGGUUGGACAACCUGAGCAAAAUCACAGCCCAAGGGCAGUACGAGCUCCGGGUGGACCUGAAGGACCGCGGGGAGACAGCCUUCGCCGUGUACGACAGGUUCAGCGUGGGAGACGCCAAGACUCGCUACAAGCUAAAGGUGGAGGGGUACAGCGGGACAGCAGGUGACUCCAUGGCCUACCACAAUGGCAGAUCCUUCUCCACCUUCGACAAGGACACAGACGCAGCCAUCACCAACUGUGCCCUGUCCUACAAGGGGGCUUUCUGGUACAGGAACUGUCACCGUGUCAACCUAAUGGGGAGAUAUGGGGACAACAGCCACAGUCAGGGCGUUAACUGGUUCCACUGGAAGGGCCAUGAACAUUCGAUCCAGUUCGCUGAGAUGAAGCUGAGACCCAGCAACUUCCGAAAUCUCGAAGGCAGGCGUAAACGGGCAUAAACUCCAGGGACAACUGGGUGAAAAAGGAGUAGGGCCCAGAGAAAGGACAGGAUUUUACCAAAGGAUCAGUGCAACCAGCCUCACCAUCAGUCCACACCUGGGCAUUUGGCAGGUGUCAAGGUUGACCAUGGCUUACUGGGGCCAACAGCAACACAAGGGCCUCAUCUACUCUGUCAUUACGUCCUUCGCGCCAAAGACAUCAGUCUCCAGCAGGUUUCUGUUCACUGUGAGAGUCAGCAAAUAUCUUCCUAGUGACAGCAUCACAGUGGUUUUCUCUUCUCUUGAGUGGCUCUGGGAAUGGGAGAGGGGGUAGGCUGUACAGUGGUAGUUUGUUUUAGAACCUGCCAUAUUUUACACAAAGCUGUAUAAUUAAUUAUCAUUAUUUUUGUUCGUAAAGAUUAAAUGUGUCAUUGGAAGCCGUCCCUUUUUAUUUUUUACAUUUCAAACAACAGAAACCAGAAAAGCAAUACUGUUUCAGUUUUAAGGAUAUGAUUAAUAUUAUUAAUAUAAUAAUAAUAAUGAUGAUGAAAACUAAAGAUUUUUAAAGAGAUCUUCCUUUCCAAAACAC